AUGCUCAGCCUGUUCACUGAUGGCACCAUCAUCUUGCCCAACCUGGCCUCCGUGCUCUACGACCCCAAGUGCUGGGAGACUCCCCGACAGCUCAACCCCAGUCACUUCCUGGACAAGGAAGGAAACUUCAUUGUCAAUGAGGCCUUCCUGCCAUUCUCUGCAGGCCCCCGGAUGUGCCCAGGGCACCAGCUGGCCCAGAUGGAGCUCUUCCUGAGAUUGCCACCCUCCGCGGGGUCUUUGAGUUUCAAAUGUCAGUGGAGCCUGGGGCUCAGGCUGGAUUAUAUCUUUGGGGGCACUCUGCAGCUCCAGCCCCAGGAGAUCUAUGCAGUGCCCCACCUAAGCAGCCCCAGCCCAGGUCCCAGGGAGGAUGGCCUGUAG